AUGUUCACCAAGACCGUCGCUCUCUCUGCCGUUCUCCUCGCCGCCGCCACCCUCCAAGCCGAGGCGCACGCGACGAUCCAGCCCAUGCUCGGUCUCACACGUACCCCCGUGCGCAGCGACGCCAUCCGCCCGUCGGACAGCACGCCGUGCGGAAACGUGAACAUCGCCCAGACCUUCGACACCUCCACCACCAUCGCCGUCAAAGCGGACCGCACCUUCACGGCGACGAUCACGAACUUCAACGCCGGGGUCGACGGCUCGCGCGAGAUCGUGAAGGCGAGCUUCGACCCGACGGGCACGGGGAACGCGUUCCAGGACCUCAAGAUCAUCACGAACGGCCAGCACGCGCCGACGGCGGCGACGGGCUCGGAGCAGCUCCUUUUCCAGCUCCGCCAUGGGCUCGACUGCAAGGGCGGCAAGAACGGCAAGAAGUGCCUCGUGGCGUUCAAGACGGCGGGCGGGUUCGGGAACUGCGUCGUCGUCGAG